GCAUUCAUGAGAUAGCAAGCCCUUGCAGCCCUCGAAGCCCUCCCCUCCACCGUCUUCUUUAAUUCCGCCCGUGGCCGCUGGGCCAUGCCAAUAUGUCCAGAGUCCCAACACCCUCGCUGCCAUUGUACCAUCAUGCAUCGUCCAAACCAGACAAAUCCUCGAGGCCCUCGUCGCCAUUCCUCGCGCCACCAGAUCCGCCCCAGCGACGCUCAACUCCUGCAUCCAUGACGUCUUCCUACUCGCUCCUUUCCACCCAACAAACCGCCCAAAAAUUGUCUACCUCCUUGACCCGCGGUCUGUCGUCCACCUCUGCUACCACACGUCUCCACACUCACGGCCACAAUGAACUUCCUCACGAGGAACCUGAGCCGCUGUGGCUCCGAUUCAUCAAGCAAUUUAAGGAGACCCUUAUACUGCUGCUGCUUGGCUCAGCGGCGGUGUCUUUGAUUAUGGGCAACUUGGACGAUGCUGUCAGCAUUGCCGCGGCUGUGACUAUCGUCGUCACUGUGGGCUUUGUGCAGGAGUAUAGGUCCGAAAAGUCGUUGGAAGCCCUGAACCAAUUGGUUCCCCACUCUGCUCAUGUCAUACGUGCUGGCACAGAGCCCUCGCGCAACGGUCGGACCCCUAACGACUUCGGUGCUGAAGCUAUACAGUUGGACGACCUCGAAGACACACCAGCAUCAUUAGAGGCUGCCGAGAGCCAUUCGACUACCAUGUCCGCAACCAUGCUGGUCCCGGGCGAUUUGGUCCUUUUCCACACUGGCGACCGCAUUCCUGCAGAUAUCAGGAUCACACAUGCCGCGGAUCUCACCAUCGACGAGUCGAACCUCACGGGUGAGAACGAACCUGUGCCAAAAACGCCAGACGCUGUCACCCCUCCCAACGGUCUUGAGCGAUCCCCCUCGCCAUUCUACGCUUCCCCUGCAGCUGGAACAGUGGGCGCUGAUGUGAGGCUCAACGACCAGAAGAAUAUCGCAUUCAUGGGUACAUUGGUCCGGUCUGGAUACGGCCAAGGUUUGGUCAUUGGAACAGGCGGAAACACCGAGUUUGGAGCCAUAUCCGCAUCGCUGCAAGAGAUUGAGAGCCCGCGGACACCUUUGCAAGUCUCCAUGGAUAAACUCGGAAAGGAACUCAGCUACAUGUCAUUCGGUGUUAUCGCUUUCAUCAUCUUACUAGGCCUUUGGAGAGGUUGGGCUUUUAUCGAAAUGUUCCAAAUUGGCGUCUCUCUAGCUGUUGCCGCCAUUCCGGAAGGUCUGCCCAUCAUUGUCACCGUCACUCUUGCUCUAGGUGUCUUGAGAAUGUCGAAGCGGGAUGCCAUCGUCCGCCGUCUCCCCAGCGUAGAAACACUGGCUUCCGUGAAUGUGAUUUGCAGCGACAAAACAGGCACAUUGACAACCAAUCAUAUGACGGUGACGAAAAUAUGGAAUUUCGACGAACCUCACCCAACUGACGUGCAGAACAAACACCAAACUCGUGCCCUGGAUGCCAGCACGAAGACCAUUGUUAGAAUCGCAAAUAUUGUCAACAACGCGCGCUUAGCCGGCGACCAUGCUGCAUCAACUGCCGCAGUGUUAUCGUCUACUCUAGGCGACGACGCGUCCGGAGUCAAGAGUCGGUGGGUUGGACAGCCAACAGACAUUGCUCUUCUGGAUCUCCUGGAUGCGUUUGGAGAGGACGACGUACGGGAGAGAAUUGGCGCCCGCAAAUACGAGACUCCGUUCAGUUCCGAGAGAAAGUGGAUGGGCGUUGUAAUCAACGGAAGCUCAGGCCCCGAACUCAACCCUGGACCCGAUGUAGCGUAUAUCAAAGGCGCUUUAGAGAAGGUUUUGGACCGAUGCGACACCUAUGUCAAUUCUCAAGGACGGGAAUUACCCCUUGAUCAGGCCCGACGACAAGAAGCAAUCAAGGCUGCAGAUGCUAUGGCGCAAGAUGGCCUUCGAGUGCUGGGAUUUGCUUCGGGAGCCUCAAAAGACAGCCGCAAGAGUGGUUCGACAUCGCCAAUUCCACCUUCGGACUCUGGUCUCGGACCGGACGAGUACUACCGUGGUCUUGUGUUUGCCGGUCUUGUUGGGAUGAACGACCCACCACGCAAGGGUGUGGAGAGAGCGAUACGGCGUUUGAUGGCCGGCAAGGUCAAGGUGAUCAUGAUCACAGGGGAUGCAGAGACUACGGCUGUUGCAAUCGGCAAGAAGCUUGGAAUGCCUAUCAGUCUGAAUUCAUCAAUGGGCCGCUCUGUGUUACGAGGCGAUGAAUUGGAUCAAAUGUCGGAAGAGGAGCUUUCCCAAGCCAUGGCCACCACGUCGAUAUUUGCCAGAACAAGUCCCGAGCACAAGAUGAAAAUUGUGCGCGCGCUCCAAGCUCGUGGAGACGUUGUAGCCAUGACAGGUGACGGUGUGAACGAUGCGCCGGCUCUCAAGAAAGCGGAUAUCGGCAUCUCAAUGGGCAGGCUAGGCACAGAUGUAGCCAAGGAAGCUGCUGAUAUGAUUCUCACUGACGACAAUUUUGCUACGAUUCUGAACGCCAUCGAAGAAGGCAAGGGCAUCUUCUACAAUAUUCAGAAUUUCCUCACAUUUCAGCUGAGCACUAGUGCCGCGGCGCUCAGUCUUGUCUUGCUUAGCACUUUUCUCGGCUUCCAGAAUCCGCUGAAUGCCAUGCAAAUUCUUUGGAUAAAUAUUCUCAUGGAUGGACCUCCAGCACAGUCUUUGGGAGUAGAACCGGUGGAUCCAGCCGUCAUGGGACGUCCCCCCCGUCCUCGACAGGCUCGGGUGCUCACCCAGGCGCUGAUACAGCGUGUUCUGCAAUCUGCGACCAUUAUUAUGCUGGGUACCCUCAUAACCUACUACCGCGAGAUGACGAUUGAUGGCGAGAUCACAGCACGCGACACGACCAUGACAUUUACUUGCUUUGUACUAUUCGACAUGUUUAAUGCGCUCGCCUGCCGCUCGGAAUCGAAGUCGGUCCUCGCGGGAGAGAUCCAGCUCUUUGGGAACAAAAUGUUCAACUACGCUGUUGCGGGAAGCUUGAUAGGACAGUUAAUGGUCAUCUACUUUCCACCGUUGCAGGGCGUCUUCCAGACGGAAGCACUCGGCUUCGCAGAUUUGGUGCAUUUGGUCGCGGUAUCAAGUUGUGUGUUCUGGGCGGAUGAAGCAAGAAAGUGGUUCAAGAAACGGAAAGCAGCCAGGGGCUCUGUAGGGGGUUACAGUGCCAGUGUAUGA